AUGGCCAGCCAUAGAAGCCUCAUUAUCAUUUUAUGGAACAUCACGAACGUAAAGAAGAAGAUAGAUGAACUUCACAAAUUCCUAAUAGACCAUAACACAGAUAUCGCAAUUAUCAUCAAACCUUGGCUCAGCUCAAAAGAGCAUCAUCAAACUUCCAAGCUACAAAAUAUACAGAAAAGACAGACCACUAACCAUCCAAAACAAGCCAAGAGGCGAAAAGACAUAUCACAGCCUAUCCCGCACAACAUAGAAAUACUAACAAUCAAGAUCCAAAAUACUCCCCCCGCCCCUCCCCCAAAGUUAAAAUCAAAAAAUCCCGCUAGAUGCUAUCAUUCUAUCACAUGGUCACUAUAUCAUAGAUGGCGACUUCAACACGAAACACCGCUUAUAGAACAACACGAAGAAAAAUACAAACGGAUCCUAAAGAAUUACCUCUUUCGCUCAGACCUAACUCAAAAGACAUCAGCACAGAUCGACAGGAACUUCGCGAAAAGCCUCGCCAGACUCAAAAUAAACCAUCAACUGCAGACCACAGCCGACGGAAUCAACAACUCAUCCAGCAAAUACAAAAAUCCUUUCAUAAUGCAACGCCCAAAACCCAAAACCAAAAUUAAUCCUCCCAAUCCUCCGAGAUCUCAUCAAACAAAGAAACAAACAUAG